AUGGAUAUUCGCCCCUUGCGCAACUCGGAUCUGCCGCUGAUCCAGCACGCCAAUCUCGAGAACCUCCCCGAGAACUACUUCCUAAAGUACUACCUUUACCAUAGUCUGUCGUGGCCGCAGCUCAGCUUCGUGGCCGUCGAUGUUUCCCGCCCGUCCCAGGACCCAUACGACUACCCGAAGAUUGUCGGCUAUGUCAUUGCAAAGAUGGAGGAGGAGCCGUCGGACGGUAUCCCCCACGGCCACAUUACCAGCCUGAGCGUCAUGCGCACGCAUCGCCGGCUGGGCAUUGCCGAGAAGCUUAUGCGUCAGAGUCAACUCGCCAUGGUGGAAACGUACCAGGCCAGAUACGUCUCCCUCCACGUUCGCGUAUCCAACGUGGCCGCCCGCCACCUUUACGAGACGACGCUGGGCUUCAAAAUUGAAAAGCCCGAAGCCAAGUACUACGCCGACGGCGAAGAUGCGCUCUCUAUGCGACUGGACCUCGACUACAUAAAGAAGCAGAUUGAGGCUGAGGAGGAGAGCGAGGAGGCAGCGGCGGCGGCGCAGACCAAUGGCAGUAGUAAGACCAAUGGCGAGCACCUGGACGAGGGCGAGGCGGUCGGCGAGGUAGGCCGCGAUCCGGAGGCUGGAAAGAAGCCUAUGAAGUUCAAGAUUCCUGUGGGUCGGAACAAGGAGGCGAGCAAGUAG